AGAGUCUCGGCCUUGUCGCUUGAACUUUUCGCUUGAAAUAUCCCCGGACCAACCCGCAUUAUCCACAUGGAACCAACGCUACUGCCCUUGACGGCUAGGUUGUCCGAGACCCGAGUCAACCACCACCUGAUUGCCACGAGAAAAAUUGCAGGUCAGCGAAAGCCCUCCAAGACUACGUACGAUGAAAGAACCACCGAUGCAGGCUGCCCGUCGGAUGAUGUUGGCGCUAGCGAAAUGUUUCUGGGGAAAGGCGGGUUGAUGAUUUUUGUUACGGAACUCAACCCACGCGAGCGAGAGGCAUCAAGAUAAAUAGUUCUUCAUCGUCACGAACUCGGAAACAUGUUCCCCAGAUUUCCCCAGACUUUACUGCAACCUUCUCCAUCUUCCCCUGCCAUCUUAUCAGCUGUCUAGAGUCUGUGCUAUCAAUGGCGACUACCCCGGUCAACGUCGAGACUGCAAAUGCACUCACAGAUCCGAGUGCUGCGGAAAAAGACAGCAAACAUGAACCGGUACUUCUGGAUCAUGUAGCCCACGAUGCUCAAGCGGCGACGGAGGGCCAGAAGAAUAUGUCGGUCAUGGAGUCCUUCCGGGCGUACCCCAAGUCUGUGGCAUUCUCAAUGGUCCUCUCUCUCUGCAUUGUCAUGGAGGCCUACGACACUUCCCUGAUUGGCAACUUCUACGGCUUGCCACAGUUCCGCCGAAGAUUCGGAGUGCGAUUGGAGAACGGCGACUAUCAACUUACAUCAACAUGGCAGUCGGGUUUACAAAAUGCUACUCAAGUUGGUCAAAUGAUCGGACUCUUCAUCGGUGGCAUCGUCGCGGAACGCUACGGAUACAAGAAGACUUUCCUCGGUGCCCUAGUCCUUAACAUCGCCUUCAUCUUCCUUUUCUUCUUCGCGCAGAAUAUCGGCUACCUUCUCGCAGGAGGUCUGCUUUGUGGCCUCCCUUGGGGUGCUUUCCAAGCCUUGACGACAACCUACGCAGCCGAUGUCACGCCCAUGGCCCUUCGACCGAUCAUGACAACUUAUACCAACAUGUGCUGGGUCAUUGGGCAAUUCAUCGGUACUGGAGUCCUGCGAGGACUCCUUUCUCGCCCCGACGACUGGGCGUGGCGCAUUCCCUACGCCAUCCAAUGGGUAUUCCCUUUGCCGAUCAUGGUUGGCGUUGUACUCGCACCCGAGAGCCCGACCUGGCUGGUUCGUAAAGGCCGUCUGACCGAUGCUCGUAACGCUCUGCGGCGACUAGCAAGUUCCUCGACAACUGAUGCUGAACUCGAUGUCAGCAUCUCCAUGAUCGCCCAUACGAACGAGAUGGAGAGACUGAACUCGGAGGGAACAUCAUACAUCGACUGCUUCCGCGGCACCAAUCUUCGCCGUACGAUGAUUGCUUGCUUCGUGUGGGUGGGACAAGUUGCUUGUGGCAUUUGGUUCGGCGGCAACGUCAUUUACUUCCUACAACAAGCUGGCUUUGACUCAGAUAACUCUUUCAGCUUUGGUCUGGGAACGAGCGCCAUGGCCAUUGUCGGCACUUUUCUCUCCUGGUUCCUCCUACCCCAUGUCGGACGCCGCACGCUAUAUGUUGUUGGCCUUUGCAUCAUGUUCACCGUGCUAGUGACCGUCGGCGGCAUGGGCAUUCCGGCUCCUCGCCCGGACCUAGGCUGGGCAUCGGGAGCCUUGUUGAUGGUCUUCGUCAUCACAUAUGACAUGACAGUUGGACCGACUUGCUACUGCUUAGUCGCAGAGAUCCCUUCCACCCGGCUCCGAAUCAAGACGGUCGCCAUUGCUCGCAACGCCUACCUUCUUGCUAGCAUCGGCGCCAACUUCUUGAACCCACCCAUCAUCAACCCCAGCGCCUGGAACUUGAGAGGAAAGGGUGGAUUCAUCUGGGCAGGUAUUUGCUUUUGCGAACUGGUUUGGGCGUACUUCUGUCUUCCCGAACCGAAGGGACGCUCCCCAGCUGAGCUUGAAAUGCUGUUCGAAAACCGCGUGAGCGCCCGCAAUUUUGCCCAGGCCAAGGUGGAAGUGUUUGCAGAUAAUGUGGAGAGUGAUGAAAAGCACGAUGGACCGAUGGCGGUCAACGUUGAGGACCGGUGAGUAGGAAUAGUAGCUAGAAAAAGCCGCGGUCAAAUACAUCAUGAGCUUCACCG